CACAGACACACCUCAUAAGUCCAGAAUUUGCCUCAUUGAUUCGCGGCAGCAGAGCGUUAGAAUUGACAUUUCCUCCUUCUUGAAGCUGUGUACUCAUAAGCUCGGCUACGACUAUUUGAUCAAAAGCUCUUGAGGAAGCUACCACGAGUUCGCUGAGAAAAGCCAUCGAUAGAAAAACAAAAUCGAAAUCAAUUGCACUCCUCUCAUACUCUGUGGGCAGCCGGCAGCACGCGCAUAUUGAUGAGUGCCAUCCUGAAUGGUCUUCGUCGAAGGUGUUUUGCUACGGAUCUUGACAAAUUCGCGUCCGACAUCAUGUGCAAGAGCAUCUGCAGUCGUUUACCUGAGGCGAGAUCAUCACAAAGCAUCUGUUGCCGAUGAUGCUAUAAAUAGCCUAAGAAGAACCUUCAAUCGUUCGGAACUAUCGCAGAUGAUUAUAAAGGGUUACGGAAAUCCAAGAAUUUUAGAAAAAUCAAUUCGCUUGCACGAUGGAAUGUAUGUGGACAUAAGAGAUGUGAUCACUACACAACUGCGAGUACGUCGCGAGAUUGUGACAGGAACAUUAGAGUACUCAAGCAUGUAUUUGAAAUGGCCAGACGAGUUAACUCUCAAUCAAAUGGACACAACCAAGUGGGAAGUAGAUCAUGGAGGUCAUCACUUUAGCAGAUAUACAUUUAUAAUGAUAGAAGAGAUGUUUCUAAGUGGAAGCGUACCUUUGCAAAGAGAUGUUAACGCACGAGUUUUAUCAUUAGGACUGGGAGCUGGUUAUGUCAAUUCCUAUUUGCACCAUCACUUUCCUAAGAUGGACAUCACUGUCGUUGAGUUGGAUCCUCAAAUAGCAAUGAUCUCAAGAAAAUGGUUUGAUUUGAAGCUAGACCAACGACAGCAUUUGAUCGUAGGAGAUGCUAUGGAUUAUAUCAAAAAUGCUAACUUACAAGGGGAAAAAUUCGAUGUGAUACUCUUAGAUGCCUGCAGUACAGAAGGUGAAGCACAAUGUCCACUAAAAGAAGCUAUCAAUAAAGAAAGCGCUGAGAUGUUUUCUUCGCUUUUAAAUGAAAGAGGAGCUCUUAUUGCAAACGUUUUCACUAUGGCAAGUGACAAUCUUAAAUUUGGCAACAAAGUUAGAUCCUACUAUGGAGGCGUCUUCGUAUACUGCCCUCUUAGACGAACUCCAACAAAAAACUUCGUAAUGACAUGUACCAACCACCCAAGACCAGAAGGACUAAGAGAUGAGCAUGCUAAAUUUAUGAGAUAUGCAGAGGCAGGAGCAGAAGCAAUGCCUGCGAUUGAGCUGCUCUAAAGUCGAUGUUGAUAGUCCUUUCUUGUUCUAUACACGAUUUUUGGCUGGUUUUUAUCAGUAAACAAUACAAG